CCAAGCUGUCCCAUUCCCACCAAACGCGAGGAAUUUGAUCGGACCCGAACAGGACUGUGUUGAUUCCUGCAUCCUCUUCCACUCCGGCCGACCCCGACGCCGCCCUGUCUCCUCGGCUCGGCUCCUCGCUCCAAUCCAAUGGCCUACGCCGCACGCCUCGUAGCCAAGAUCCACCCCGCCGCCUACCCCGCCGGGACGCCGCGGGCCGAGCCGCGCCGCCCCUCCAGCCUCCGCGUAGGUAAGCGAGUUGGCGGAGCAUUCAGUGGAUCCACAACCGUUAAACAGCAAAAGUUUGUUGCUAAAUCUGCUAUCUCGGGAGUGGAAGGUGGUGAUGCAUUUGUUGGAGUAAAGCAAAAUACUAGACCAAUCAUAGUCAUAGACAACUACGAUAGCUUCACAUAUAAUUUAUGCCAGUAUAUGGGAGAGGUUGGAGCUAAUUUUGAGGUUUAUCGCAAUGAUGAGAUCACGGUGGAAGAAAUUAAGAAGAUCUCUCCUAGAGGAAUACUUAUUUCCCCAGGCCCUGGCACUCCUCAAGAUUCUGGAAUAUCCUUGCAAACAGUUACAGAGCUUGGACCCUCUAUACCUUUGUUUGGGGUUUGCAUGGGUUUACAAUGCAUUGGGGAGGCAUUUGGAGGGAAGGUUGUCCGAUCUCCUUAUGGAGUUGUGCAUGGAAAGGGCUCCCUUGUUCAUUAUGAUGAGAAGCUUGAUGGAACUCUGUUUUCCGAUCUUCCAAACCCAUUCCAGGCCGGAAGGUAUCACAGCCUUGUAAUUGAGAAGGAUAGUUUCCCGCAUGAUACCCUGGAAAUUGUUGCAUGGACAGAUGAUGGGUUGAUCAUGGCUGCUCGCCACAGGAUAUACAAACAUAUUCAGGGUGUGCAGUUCCAUCCAGAGAGCAUCAUAACUACUGAAGGGAGGCUCAUGGUCAAGAAUUUUAUCAAGAUUAUUGAAGACUACUAAGGCUUGAACUGCCGUCCAUGAUUUAUCUCGUUGGAAGCAGCCAUGCGUGGUGACAAUAAGAUGCUGUAUCUACAUGUUCUUGUCUCUUAACUCACGUAUUCCUCUUGCUGCUCGAAUACGUAGCUGUACAUGUUCAGAUGUCACAACACUCCAGGUCCAACUACCGUACAUGUUUGCUUGUGGCACGUCAGGGUCAAAUUAGAAUCAUUGAACUUUUAACUCGGUUACCACUAUACUUGUUCAUUUGACAUCUAAUUCCUAGCGAACAAAUUGAACUAGCAAUUCGGUUCAGUCCAAAGCAGUGACUUUUGGAUCAA